GUCGGAGUAACGAGAGAACUAAAAGAGACAAGUUAAUUUGCAAAGUUAGACAUGCCAUCCAAUACAAAUAUGGACCGGGAUACGACGUGCAGCCCUAUGGAAGCUCAGUGUAUAUGGCGAUGCCAGUCCUGCCAAGAAUAGGACAUGGAGACCUAGAUCUUGUUGUGCUCGAUACCAAUUGGCCACAAGGUUUUUCUCCGGAGAUAGACAUGAAGCAUCUACCUCCCAUUUAUAAUACUAGAAAACUUGCUCAGACAAUGCGACAUGCAGGUUUUACUGACGUUGAAGCAGUUCCCUGGGCCCGGGUUCCCAUUGUAAAGUUCACUGAUCCUGCAUCCGGGCUUCACAUCGACGUAAAUGUAAACGAGAGGCUGGGAUUGAUGAACACUGGCCUUAUCAAGACAUACUGCGAUAUUGUGCCCAACCUUCGUUGUUUAAUAUCUACCAUCAAACAAUGGGCUCGUCCAAGGGCCCUUAAUCAACCCUCUAUCUCCGAAGCAAUCCGAACUUUCAAUUCCUAUGCGUUGGUGCUUAUGACGAUCGGAUGGCUCCAGACUCGGGACUUGGCGCCGAAACUACAAGCUGGCCUUCAGCCAAUGGAAUCCAACGAGCACCUUUUUUGGAUGCGGCCAUCAAACUCAUCCAAGCGGGUACCUUGUGACACACGAUAUCGCAAGCCCACGACGUGGGUAGCACCACACAUUGAUGUCCUGGACAACCUCGUAGAGCAAUGGUUCAGGUUCUGGGCUGAAUUUCAAUUUUCGCGCCAUGUGAUAGACAUCAAGCGGGGAGGCAUUUUCCCCCGCAUUCCGCAUUUCGAAGAAGCUGCGCAACCUGACUAUGACUCCAGAGGCCCUCGAUCCGAACCUAACAAUGGUUGGUCAACGUUUCUCGGUCCGGAUGUGGAUUCGAGGACAAUGUUAGAAAGUUAUCCUAUUUCUGUCGUAGAUCCGUUCAUUCGAUCAAAAAACGUCACCAGGGGCAUCAACGCUCAAGCAUUGCACAUGUUCCAGGCCGAGUGCACGGGUGCUGUCGAGCUACGGAAGCUCGGCACUGACAUGACGGACAUAAUUGAUGGAUUUGACAUGCUCAAGCAGGAUUACAAUGGACAUCUGACAGCCAGGCUACAGCAGACUCGAAGGGACCCUCGCGGCUAGUUCUGAAAGCGGAGGAGGUUGACGCUAUUCCUGACUGGAGCCCUGUUUCACGACAACCACCUGAAUCAAUCGAUGUUCUACGAUACAGGGACUUGAAACGUGAUGACCCAUCUGUUGAUGGCCGGAUCUUAUCAGAUACCCUCGAAUCGUCUCAU